AUGGAUGGCUCCGAUCUCCAGCGAUUCCCCGUUGACGCCCAUCCUUCUGAUUUACAGCCCCGAUCGUUGUCGUCGCUGGCAGACGACGCGUCUACAUUGGCUGCCGCCCAACAAGAACAGCCCCAACCACAGCCAGAACAGCAGCAGCAGCAGCAGCAGCAUCCUCAUCCUCAUCAUCAACAAUCUCACCAGACACACACGCAGGAUCUAGCCGAUUCUCGGGACGCGCCAUCGCUCCAACCCCUGCAGUCCGCGCUCGAACACCAGGAGCUCCAUGCGCAUCGGCAGCAGGAGCACCGGCAUCUUCAUAAUGUGGAGCAUCACCUCGACACCACACCGGCAUUCAUGCGGCCGGUGCGGACGGGUGAGCCAGUCGGUCCCGUGUUGAUGAGCUCCCAGCUAUUCCACCAGAAGCCGUCCUCCUACGAGGAAGUUUCGCGGGCGCAGGCGUUCGCUGCGGACCACUCCGGCAACGGCCAGCAUAUUCUGCCGAGCUUAGCGCACGGUGUCGAUCAAGAUGUGCAUCCUAGCCAGGCGCUGUCGCAGGGCCGUUCCGAUCGGCCAGAUACCGUUGUUAUGGAUCAGGGCCAUGAUAAUGGCGCCGACGGCAUGGACGACGAUGCGCGGACCGCGGGCCUUCCGCUGUCGCAGUCGUUCCAGCAAUGUCUACAGAUGCAGCAGCCAGGGGAUGGGUAUACUAUUGCUUCGGAGCUUGCGAAGCAAGAAACCGGCCUCAAGGAUAUGAAGUUGGUACCAGAUCCGCCUGACCUGGAAUACUGGCGAGAGAAGCUGUUUAACGUGGACGACAUGAUCACCUUGACGGAAGACCAAUUCCGAACCUACUUCCCCCACGUCGAUAACGUCUACUCCCACCGCUCCACGCAACGCUACAAGCGUAAACCCUUUGUCUCCCACUACUGGGACUGCAGACUCAAAGGCCGACCGCCGGGGACCCCCAAGUCCGACGACCCCAACAAGAAGAAGCGCAAGCGCACCGCCCGCCAGCGAGACCUCUGCGACGUCAAGAUCAAAAUCACCGAAUACUUCCCCGGGUACGGUGUGGCUGCCGCGUCGGACUUCUCGGGAACGUGUCCGGCGGACUCAUCGUUCCCACCGGCCGAGUUCCUACCAAGCGUGAACUCAUUGUUCAGUAGUGAGACCAGCGUGGGCCAGAGGCGCGACAGUCAGCCCUUUGGCGUGCUUACGCCGAAUCCCACUUUGCCGGAGGGCCACCCCGGGGCGAAUGGAGAGAGGUUCUUUACGAUCCAGCGGGUCAAUGGCAAUGGCGCGAAUGGGAAAAACGAUGGCGUAAGUGGUGGCCACCGACAUACGCUUGACGAGAGCGACCGGGUGAAGAAGAACAGCGUGCAGCGUUAUUUGCUCAAAGAAGCCAGGGAAAAGAAGAAGGCCGUUACAGUGAGUUGGAUUCCAUCAAUCUUCUUUCACAGACUAACCAUGCCUCAAAGCCAAACCCAGCAGAAGACAUAUCACACGAAAGCCACCGGACUAGCGGCAUUGACUGCAAUAAACCACUCCAAAGAAGCGGAAUUGCAAUUGUUCGGGAGUUGCUUCUGCCCCUUUGUGCAGCGUGUUUGGAUAGCCUUGGAGAUUAAAGGCAUUCCGUAUCAAUAUAUUGAAGUGGACCCGUACCAAAAGCCCCAGUCAUUGCUUGAGGUAAACCCGAGGGGUCUUGUCCCAGCAUUGCGGCACGGCGAUUGGGGGUCUUAUGAGAGUUCGGUUCUUCUGGAAUAUCUCGAGGAUUUGCACGUCGGCCCGCCGCUGCUCCCUCCCGGAGAUGCGAAAUUAAGAGCUCAUUGCCGACUUUGGACUGAUCAUAUCAAUCGUCACAUCGUACCCAGUUUCUACCGCGUCCUCCAAGAACAGGAGGAAGCGAGACAAUCCACGAACGUGCAAGAGCUCCAGGACGGUCUCAGAACACUGAUUGCGGCGGCCGAUCCGGAAGGUCCGUUCUUCUUGGGAUCGAACAUCUCAUUUGUGGACGUCCAGAUCGCUCCUUGGAUCCUUCGAUUCAGUCGGGUGCUGAAACCGUACCGUGGCUGGCCGGAGCCCGAGGCAGGAAGCCGCUGGGCUGCGUGGGUGAAUGCAAUUGAAGUCAAUGAGCAUGUCAAGGCGACAACGAGCUCUGACGAACUCUACCUGGAUAGCUAUGAAAGAUAUGCUCGUAAGUAUAUCAUCGCGGAGCUUUCAUCGCGUGAUGACUGA